CAUGUUAUCAUAUUUUGAAAAAUAUUAAAAAAAAACACUCACUGUUUAUUGUGCUCAACAAAUAUAUUUCAAUAUAUCCUACUAGACAAUCAUUCACAAACUGAUCACCUAUGGUUAUCAUAAGCUCGUGUCGUAAGGUGUUGGGUUUUGAAUAAUAUAUGAACAACACCUUUUGUAGAGUCCACCAUGGCAAAAUCAUACUCAAUGUGAUAUGAGUACGACGACCCCUUAUUUCGAUUCCAAAACAUGUUUUUUAAGCAAUCCAAAGCUGAAAAAAGCUCUCUCGGCACUUGAAGUUGCAAUCGAUAAAAUCAAUAUAACUUUGAGAAGCAAACAGACCCAUGAAUAUGAUAGAUUCAUUUUUUCUCCAUCAUCAAAUCAGCUAAUUCAAAUUUUCAUUUUAAUCCACAAAUAACUCAUCAUGUUUAACACAAUGAUAAUUUUCUCCAAAUCCCGUAGGAGAAAAGAAUCCGGAAAGGUGACCAAACUCUUUGGGGUAAAAUCGUGUUUUAGAAUAUGGAAGGAAUUAGGCUUCGUUCAUGAAUUUAAUUUUAGACUUUGGAAAAUUGGGGAUAAUGUCUACACGUUUAUAAGUACAUUUAUUACAAAACUACAACAACAAAUGAAGUGUAUCGAAGUCUGUUCGAGAGGGGGGGGGAAUCAGUCGUGCCAAGCCUAGUUUUGAGAGAUCUCAGAGGAGAUUGAGGAGGAGAAGAUGGAUAGAUUGGCGAUGAUUCUAUGGAAUAUGUGGAACGAAAGGAACAACCACUUAUUCAAUAAUAAAAAGGCGGAGGAAUGGGAGGUGGUGGGGAGAGCCCUAUCUUACUACGAGGAAUUCACAGCGGCAAGACAGAAAGAGGAAGAGAGGAGGGAACCCACACCUGUGAAAUGGAGGAAGCCACCAACGGGUUGGAUCAAAAUCAAUGUCGACGUCGCAGUCUUCGCCGGAGAAGGAACUGGUUCGGGGGUUGUUGCAAGGGAUUGGAGCGGGCUUUGUAUGCUGGCAGCUGUUCGUCGAGACCGACGUCAGUGGAAGCCGGCAAUUGCUGAACUGAAGGCGAUGGACGAGGGUGGUGAUUGAGUCGGACUGCCAAGAGGCGAUUGGGAAGAUACAAUGUGAAGUGGAGUCCUUAACAGAGGAAGGCGAGCUCGGAGCAGAAAUUUGGGCCAAGGCCCAGUCACUGGGGCAGAUCCAAUGGAAUUUCACCAAGUGGGAGGGUAAUAUUGUGGCCCAUACUAUGGCCCAUUUAUAUUGUGGAUGGGAUGACAAGGAGAUCUGGGAGGAUAGGCCGCCUGCGUGUCUACUCUCGCAUCUUGAAGCGGAUUGUAAUAUUUUUGAAGGCUAAUUAAUAAAAUCCCAGGUGUUCAAUUAAAAAAAUAUGUUCACAAAUACCUACUGUUUUAUACAUUUGAAUAAAAUAUACAACCAUUUGUUUUUAUUUUUUCCAGUUUCCAUCAAAUUGCUAUCGAAAUUCAUUAAUUUUCUCCCAAAAUUUAGGAGUGUCCCAAGAUAAUCCUACCCUCCACAAGAGUCCGCCACUACUAACAACCGGACCAUAUUAUAUUUGAUUCUAUAUGAUCUGAUCCAAACAUUGAUUUGAUCUGAUACGAACCACCCACUCAUAGUGGAGACUAAUAUCAUUAUCAGCAUAUCAUGCAAUGUGCAACAUAUAAAUUCAGUGAAAUGCUAGCUUGUCUUCCGACAGUAAGCUUUUAAGAAUUUAAUACGUUCCGGUGUACCAAAUGUAUUGUAAAAGGACAUCCUAUCUAACAUAUAGAUGGUUCAGGCUAAGCCUAUUGAGUUUUAUUAUUUACAUAAUGAAUUCAUCAUGUAUAUUAAUGAUAUUAUACUCUAACAAUUCAUUUAAAUUCAUUGAAAUUUGGGUAAUGAUAUGAGAAUUCUAGAAUUAAUUCUUUGAACCCAAAUCAUAAGAUUAAUUCAAUAAAAUAAUAAUAUUUUACUACUUUGAUUUGAGGAAAUAUAUCAAAAUACAUUUAAUAGAUAUGAAUGUGGAUGAUGAGCCUUUUGCCAUAUAUAUACUACGACUAACAAUAGAAGGGCUAGAUGUACAAAAGAAGAAACAACUGAACAUGCAACUUAUCAAAAGGUUUUGGUCUACCCAUCUGCAAUAACUGUCGUAUAUAACCCGGACCCUCAAUUAUAAAAUGGAUGCAUGUAAGAGGCUGAGAUUCAUACAUAUAUAAAUGUAACGUGACCUAUCAAUAUGCCAUGACAUGUGACCUAGCUAGUUAGCUAUUUCAUAAAUGAUAUUGUGAGUGUUCGACCAUUAAUGAUCCGUCUCUCCGUGGAUCCACACGCAUUAGAUUUUUGUUGGAUUUGAAUCAAACACAUUAGUUUUGUGACUCAUGAGGAAAAUAAUCAAACUAGCAAGGUAGAUAUAUAUUGAUAGCUAUUCGCUACUUUUCAAAUUAAGUUGUGUAUUACUUCUGCCAACCUAAUUUUGAGUUGUUUGGGUCUAACGAUAAUUUGUAUUGAAUUUUUCAGGCUUUCAUUUAAGGCCUUUAAGAAGUAUUUAUAGUGUUUAUUAUGAACACUCUUUUUGGUUUGCUCUGAUAUCAUGAUCUUGACGACACAGUCCACAUAGCUAGGUAUUAAGCCCAGAGUUGUGAAAAACUGAGGAACACUCGAACGCCCUAAUCAUAUGCUAGUUCAAUAGCUAGGGAGAGACUUCGCCUAUCUACCUUCGCACAUUAUUAGUGAUAGUAAUGGCAGACAAGAUCUCAGAUGGAGUUGUUGAAGCUAGAAAGGGCUUCACUUAACUCAGGAGAGGACUUAUUGUGAACUUUGAAGGGUUCUCUCUACCUCUUUGAGGAUUUUGUGAUCGGGUCUCGCCAUCUAUCCACAAAUCAACAAGCAAAUACAAUUAGAUAAAAGUUUAAUUAUGGU